AUGGCGAGCCCCACUGAUUGUUUACCGUGGCUCCCGGGCGGGUUCAUGGUGACGGUCAGGGCUCUGCUCUUCUGGGCGCUGGUGUAUAGCUACUGCGCGAUCUGCGCCUGCAUAGAGCUGCUGAAACUUUUGUGGAGCAUAGGAAGGAGUCCAGGCAAGACCUUCCAGCGGAUCAUCCGGGAGAAUCCUCCAGCCUGCCUCAGUGAUCCCUCCUUGGGCACCCACUGCUACGUGAGAAUUAAGGAUUCAGGGUUAAGAUUCCACUAUGUAGCUGCUGGAGAACGGGGUAAACCACUCAUGCUGCUGCUUCAUGGCUUUCCAGAGUUCUGGUAUUCUUGGCGCCAUCAAUUGCGAGAAUUUAAAAGUGAAUAUCGAGUUGUGGCACUGGAUUUGAGAGGUUAUGGAGAAACAGAUGCGCCUUCUCACCAGAAGAAUUACAAGUUAGAUUGCCUAAUUACAGAUAUAAAGGAUAUUUUGGAAUCUCUAGGGUACAAUAAGUGUAUGCUGAUUGGCCAUGACUGGGGUGGAAUGAUUGCUUGGUUAGUUGCUAUUUGUUAUCCGGAAAUGGUGACCAAGCUUAUUGUGGUUAAUUUCCCUCAUCCCUCUGUAUUUACAGAAUACAUUCUACAACAUCCUUCACAAUUGAUUAAAUCUGGUUACUACUUCUUUUUCCAAAUGCCUUGGUUUCCUGAAUUCAUGUUUACAGUAAAUGAUUUCAAGGUACUGAAAAACUUAUUUACCAGUCGGACUACUGGAAUUGGAAGGAAAGGCUGUCGAUUAACAGCAGAGGACAUUGAAGCUUACCUUUACGUCUUUUCUCAACCUGGAGCACUAACUGGACCCAUUAACCACUACAGAAAUAUUUUCAGUUGCCUACCUCUGCAGCACCAUGAGGUCACCAUGCCUACCUUGUUGUUAUGGGGAGAAAGAGAUGCAUUUAUGGAAGUUGAGAUGGCAGAAACUACUCGGAUUUAUGUUAAAAAUCAUUUCAGAUUAACUAUUUUGUCUGAAGCCAGUCACUGGCUCCAGCAGGAUCAACCUGACAUAGUUAACAAGUUGAUAUGGACCUUUCUAAAAGAAGAGACAAUAAGAAAAAGAGAGUGACUUUUUCUACAUGUUUUAAAGGUCUACAUAAAAGCUGUUACAUUUAAAAAACUAAUUAUUAGCAGGACCAUAUUUCCAGCCUACCUUCUAAUUUGGGCUCUGUUAGGGAAAAGUGUUUUCGAUGUAUUGUACAUAUUGACUCCGAUGUUAUUACUAAAAGAAAAUAGUGUGAGAACAUAUAGUGUUAACAUUGGUUUUACCUGUAUUCUUGUAUUUUGCACAUAAAAACACCUGCCUUAAAAUGUAUGUGUUUGUACAGUAAGGAAAUCAUGGAAAGUUACUUGGUUCUGGUUUCUCACUUGCUUUACACUUGUAAUAUAUGGUGCCUUUCACAAAUUUAUAAUGAAAUAAUGGCGGUCUGCCAUAUGAAAAAGAAGUCAGGUAUCAGUUGGACUAUCAGUUUUCAUUCAACCAGUAGAUUUGUAUUGUGAAAUUACAGCUGUUUUAUGUGGUAUAUUUUCUUCUUAAUUGAAAAAUAGGGAUCUGUUCACAUGUAACAUAUCUGGACAAGAAGAAUGGAAAAUGAAGAGCUAUAUAUUCAUGAUUUAUGUAUCAAAUCCACUUCUAUCUAAUAAAAUGUAAUUUAAAUUGUG